AUGUCUUUUGUGCUUACUAAUGCCCCUGUCGCAUUAGACUUGAUGAACCAGGAGUUUAGACCCUACCUAGACUCCUUUGUCAUUGUGUUCAUUAAUGAUAUUCUUGUGUACUCAAGGAGUAGUGAGAACCAUACACAACACUUGAGGAUUGUGCUCCAUGUUUUGCGAGAACAUGUGCUUUUUGCCAAGUUCUUCAAGUGCGAGUUUUGGCUUGAGUCAAUAUCUUUUGUUGGACACGUGGUGUCCAAGGCGGGUAUUAUUGUAGACGCGACUAAGAUUUCAGCAAUUCAUAAUUGGGCUAGGCCUAUAUCUCUGACUGAGGUUUCCAGUUUUAUUGGUUUGGCGGGUUACUAUAGGCGCUUUGUUGAGAGCUUUGAUACCAUAUUAUCCCCUAUGACUAGAUUGACUCAGAAGAAAGUUCCUUUUCGAUGUGCCGAGGAGUGUGGGUUCAGCUUUGGGAAGCUCAAGAAUUGUCUCACUUUCUCAUUUGUGUUAGCUCUUCCAGUUGAGGGCGAGGGAUUCACAGAGUUUUGUAAUGUUUCUGGUGUUGGUCUUAGAUGUGUUUUGAUGCAGCAGGGUUGUGUCACUGCCUAUGCUUCUAGAUAG